UACCCAGUGCAGUAGCAGCAGCAGAGUAGAGCAUAAACUCCAUCAUGGCUGGACACCAUGCGCGAAUAAUGAACAGCGAUAUUGAAUCAUGCGAAUCUAGCCUGGCACAAUCUCAGUUCAUGCUUGCCGGCAGGUGCUGUCAGAAUCUGCUGCUGUUGCUAGUGGUUACGGGCGCAUUCUCGGCAGAGUGGGGUGCUGGCCAGAGCCAGGAUAUUGCCUCUAGCCCACUAGUCACCGGCGAUGAUUUGCCCAACAUCUGCUCCAUCUUCUCGACACCAGUAGCAGCCUCUCAGACUGAGUGGAGCAUACUGGAAGGUGUCAUCUUCUCCUUCCACAAAAGGUAUUCUCUGGCUGAGCAGGUAUGCUCAGAGUUCCUGGAUUGGGAAGCCUUUCAGCAAGCCGCUGCCAUGGACUUUACUUUGUACACCGGUGGAGCAAAUCUUCCUGCGGUCCUAGAGGAGAUUUCCACCUACGCUUUCUUCAUGAGAGACUCGUGCAGUUCCAAUCUGUUGGCGGCAUCGCAAACCCAAACCAUACUAUCAGUUGAGCGUGGCCAGGUGCCGGGCGCAUCCCUGGGCCAGCUAGCGCAGCAGCGGGUAGCAAACCUGAACCUCAACAUCACAGCGUUGCGUGGCCAGCUGGCGUCCUGCAACUCUUUAAAACUCCAUAGACAGGCUGUAUGUGCUGUACUGAAUGAUCUUGUGGAGAUUGCCACCGAUCCCAACAUCAAUAUGCGCAACGAAACACUGCGCAACUUGACCAGAAAUACGCUGACCGGUGAGAGGGAGACGCUGUCCGACGUCCUCUUUGACCCAGAUGCCCCCGCAGUGUCUAGCUUGUUCACACCGCUGACCAGCCGUGAGGUUAUUGCCAUUUCGCCGGUCCUGUCGGCAAGACACGUCCUGCACAUCAGUGCGUGGGCGUCCAGUCCAACGUUCGAUAACAUCAAUGAGUACCCAGCGUUCUAUCGAAUGUCACCGUCGGACGACCAUCAGGUGGAAGCCAUAGUGGACUUGCUAACUGAAUUGGAAGCCACUUAUGUAUCCCUGAUUGCUGGAGCCGAUGAUCUAUAUAGCGGGCAUGGGUUUAACCUAUUGCUGGAGAAAUCUCGAUCUAGCCGGAAGUUCUGUUAUGCAGUGCAGCACCGCAUAUCUUCCAUAGACAACAGCUCCUCCCUGUCCGCAGCGAGGGCCAUCGCCAGCAAUCCUGACGCCAGGGUUGUGAUUAUAUUCGCCACUCCGGAGCAAAUGUCGUUAUUCAUACCUGCGUUCAAUAGUUUCAAUAUCACCGGCCGUAUUGUCAUCGGAAGCAGCGACUGGUUCAAUCGCUUGGACUACUCCACCAUUCCAGUUGGUUCACCGUUCUACAACUCCGUCACGUUUGGUUUCGUCCCAGCGCCCGAAGUGCUCUAUCCAGAUAUAGGUCGGGCUGUGCACGAUUUUAAACGCUCGCUACGGAACGCCUCUGCACUUCGCGCAAUGGCUGAAAGGAAUACUUUUGUUCGCCAGUAUGUGCAGAAGCUUGGUGAAUGUACUGUUGAACACACUGGUGAACAGGUUCCGAGCAGUUGUAUGUGUACAUCAUCUACUGCAUCAAGCCAGCAAAGUCCUGCGCCGAUGAGGCAGUGCGGCGAGAACUUCACAUUGCCAGCAAAGCAGUUUACCGUUGCCCCAGUGACUUUGUUCAUGGCCAAUGCUCUAGGUAUUGUACUGCAACAGACUGGUUCCUUGCAGCCAAUAUGCAUAGGAGGGACGUGCGAAUUUCUUCCAUUCCCGGCAGCUCCUAAUCGCAUCACCACUGGCUGGCGAAACCUGGAGUUGGAGUGCACUAGGCGGGACGGCAGCUUGCGGCGAUGCCGUGUUUUCACUGACAAGCAGAGUGGGUAUCCAUUCUAUGAGCUGCGUGUCAUGCGCAGCCCCGGUCAUACAGCUGCGACAGCGCAGGCAGAUCUUAUCUACGAGGGUGUCGGUAGCUGGGACGGGACGGAUGGCGGCGGCUAUGAUAGCCGGUUACACUGGUACACUGGCUCCUGUGUUGACUUUGGAACCGGAGGAGAGUGUGUGAACAUGACACAGCGUAGAGCCUUGCGGCAUCUUUCCAAUAACAGCUCCCGUAGUAGUACAGGCACAAUAGUAUCCAGUAUUCCAUUAUCAGUGUGCAGUGUGCCGUGUCCUCGGGGUAGGUUCCUACGCAUCAGUAACCCAGAGCAGUUUUGCUGCUGGCAAUGCAUAGAAUGCACAACUGGUGAAGUAAGUACUCGAGAAAACUCGCCCAGCUGCUCAUCGUGCUCCGGACAGCUCGUACCCAGCUUCAACCGCAGUGUAUGCAUCCCACCCAUCAUCAGGAGGUGGCCUUGGUCCGACAAUUGGUCCUGGGCUCUGUUAAGCCUUUCCGUUCUGGGAGUUCUACUGUCUCUUUCGAUCUUGGCCGUGUUUGCGGCAAAGCGCCAGGAGCCAAUGAUCAUCAAAUCCAGCCUUCCACACAUGACGGUAAUCCUCAUCUCUGCUGCAUGCUAUUUUACACUCUCCGGCACACUCCUGUUUGUUGAUAAUUCAACAUCUGUACGCUGUUAUGCACAUCGGUGGACAAAAUUCGUUUUCACCGUGUUGUCGUUGUCUGCUCUGCUCUUCAAAACACACCGCAUCAAGCAGAUAUUCAAAGCUAACACGCCGCUACCGAAGCUUGCGUACUGGCGAAGGACACUGCUCAAUAGUAGUUGUCAAGUCGGAAUGGUGGUCGCCGCAGCGUUUAUAAUGGUCAGUAUUGUGGCCGCUUUUAGUGCUGGUUUCCCGAUUCAACCAACAUUGGUCUUUCUCGAUGAGCGGACGGCAGCGUAUAUCUGCAAUGAACCCGUCCUUGGCAACGUCAUCAUAUUGAUCCUGGCCACGCUUGUCAAUUUGCUAAUAGCCGUGUUUGCCUUCCAGGCCAGGAACUUGCCAGAUGACUAUAACGAGUCAAAGUUGAUUUUGACUACUGGUGGCGUGUGCCUGAUUGUGCUAGCUGCUCUCCUUCCCAGUCUUCUAACUACGGGCGAAGCUCUGCGUGCCGUUGUCAUCAACUUGGUCCUGGCGACGUACCACUUUGCCGUCCUGACCACCCUGUGUGUCCCACGCGUUUACUGGUCCGUGUUUGGUUUCGCGGAGAAUUACGUCCCACCCCGCACCAGCAACAGUAUCCAUAGUAACAAUGGUGGGUAUCCAAUGGCUUCUCCAGCUGCGCGCACACCAUCCUCUGUAUCAGACUCUGUUCUUUCGGAAUGUGGCUGCCAUUGUCAUCAAAGACAUCGCCUAAAGCCACUACAAGCUUCAUCAUCGCUAACCCCACCAGCCUCGCCUUCCCCAAAUACAAUACGCGACAGCCAGGAGAUGGUCACCAGCAAUGGUGUGACAUCAUCACUUCCAAUUGCAUGAUGUCAUGAUUUCCUCCUGACAGUAAUUACAUCAUCAAGUCUAGAUGCUUGUACCAAAUCCUCUCUUUUAUGGCACCAUCAUCAUUUUCCGCGGCUAUGUGAGUGGCUAGUGAUACUAUUUCCUUUGCCAGAAUGAAUUACCUCUUGCGAUGUAUACCUCGGCUAUAACCAAUGGCCACCGGCUGCCCUUGAUCAUGGCUGGCAAUCUAUUGAAUUUUGUUGACACGCUUGAGUUAAUGAUUGCAUCAUAACCCUAUACAUACAAUGUGCUUGUGUAGUGCUUGCUAUGAGUUUCAGAUAGGAUUCAACCUUGUGGUUUCAACCUACCAGUAGAAACGUUAUAAAAACGACUUCUGGAUGCAUGCACACAAAUGCUGAGCUCGAGCAAUCCUAGAUUGCAUACCUCUAAUGGUAUUGUGACUAUUAUUUUCAUCAUGAACCGGAAAAUAACGUCCUGGAUGAA